GCCGUCUUCGGGACAAGUUAGCUGUACCGGAAUAUGUUGCGUGUCGUUUGGAUUGCAUGUGCUUGCACGAUAUUGGCAUCUGUUGUUGAUUCGUCGGCGAAGAGUUCUCGAGUUGUAGGUGGUACGGAUGCCAUCUCCAAACAAUUCCCCUUCGUCGUACAAAUUCAAACAAAAGGGGAACAUCGUUGCGCCGGCUACAUUUACAAUGCAAAUUGGAUAGUGACUACCGCUGUUUGCGUCUAUGGCUUUAAAUUAUCUGAUUUGAAAGUGGUUGUGGGCCAAGUUUCUCUAACAGCAACCGAUCCUGGCGAGGAAUACUUUGACGUGGUAUCGAAUCAUAUCCACGAAUCGUAUGAUGCCGCUACUUUGAGAAACAACAUCGCCAUGCUUCAACUGUCUAGGUCAAUUACGUUCGAUGAGUACUCGAGGGCCGUUGCCCACGGAGAACUCUCAAUAUCUGUGACAGAUGGCACUCUGUUGGGCUGGGGAAAUUCAGGGUCGGGAAAUAUUGCUUCCAGUCUUAAGUACGCCAUUGUUCAAGUGGUAAACGAUGGUACUUGCCCUUCCAUCGACCCCGGCUUGUGGGACCCUACUUCGAUGAUAUGCGCAGGAGAUUCCAUUCACAACGCAUGUUACGGUGAUGCAGGCGGGCCAUUGGUACUGGGAACAUCCGUAUCUAAUUACUUUGUCGUGGGACUAGUUUCGCACAGUACUACUUGUUUUAGUCCGACCGCCUAUAUCCGACUGUCGUUCUACACAGCCUGGAUGCGAGGGAUCGGUGGCGAAACAUCGCCCAUGCCUACGACGUUAUCACAAACCUCAACUACAACUACGACUGUAACGACUGAAAUUGUUACCUCAACAUCACCUGCGACUACGACAAUGUCCCAAACAACAACAGAAACAACACAAACGUCGAAUACGAAUGUUGACAUAACAACAGAAGCUACUACAACGACAGCAUUUUUCCAGACUUGUAACGUAGCUAGCGCAGGGGAGUUUCCCUUUAUUGUUUCUGUGGGAGAUCUUCUGUCAGGCCGACAUUCGUGUGCCGGGUUUAUUUACAACGCCAAUUACGUGGUCACAACAGCCUCCUGCAUUGCGAUGCUGGACAAGGAUGCGAUCGUUAUAACUGCAGGUACCUCACGACUGAAUAUUCCGGGGGCGUAUUACGUUUACGGUGCGCAACAAGUUAUAACAAACACGAAAGGUGACAUUGCAUUGAUCCAGACUUCAAGAAGCUUCAUAUUCAAUGAAAACCUCAACUUCAUUCGUUUUGAUCAAGGGAACUACAAUGAACCUUCGAGCACCGUUAUAGGAUGGGCUUCGACAGAAGCUGGAGGAUGUACGACGUCUCUCGACCUCUUGUGGGGAGCAGCUUCGUUGACGUCACAAACUAGCAACUGCGAGGGUUUAGUGUCCAAUUUUGACGCAGAAACAAUGAUAUGCGUUGCGGGAUCGACAAGCAGAAACUACAAUUCGGCAGCAAUCGUUGGUUCGUGUCGUUUCGAAAAUGGAGCCCCCUUAAUUCAAGGAAUGCCAUCUCUAGUAAUAGGGAUCAAAUCUAUCGUUGAGCAGUCUUGCGCCACGGGACAGGUAUUUACGGUAUAUACUCGAAUUUCGACUUUUUUCGAUUGGCUUUGGAUAAGUGCUGGUCCUCAGCCUUAACAUUUACUUCGAAAACAGUUCGCUAUGGUUUUUAUUUUUUAACUUCGUUGAUUCUAUGUAAUUCUUGUGGACGUUAAUCAGUGAUGGAUUAUGCUGUAUUUGGUAAUCAUCUAACUAUAAUUUCACGCAAGUUUAGCUAAGUAACAUAACGCUUUACUAAAUCUAUUAUAAAUUCACUAAUCCA